AUGGUCCACACCGCCGAGUACCUUCCUGCCACCGGCACCGACAUCGGGCUGGUGCUCCAGGGCGGCUACAACCACGAGUUGACCCGCGAAUGGCAGUCUGAACGCCAUCUCUCCAAGUCGAUGUUCAUCUUUCCCCUCUUUAUUUCCGACAACGACGACGACGACACUGCUAUUGAGCUGUUGCCCAACAUCCGCCGGUUUGGUCUUAAUAAGUUGGUCCCUUACGUUGAGCUGCUUGUGGCUAAGGGUUUACGGCUGGUGAUUUUAUUCGGGGUGCCUCUUGCCCCCGGUGUUAAAGACCCGGUGGGUACUGCCGCUGACGACCCUAAUGGUCCCGUGAUCCGGGCGAUUAAGGCGCUUAAACAGGCGUUCCCGGAUUUGUACAUUGUCUGCGACGUGUGUUUGUGUGAAUACACCUCGCACGGCCACUGCGGUGAGUUAUACGAAGACGGCACGUUGAAUCGGGAAAAGCUGGCGUUGCGGAUCGCUCAGGUGGCGGUGAACUACGCCAAGGCCGGUGCUAACUGUGUGGCGCCGCUGGAUAUGAUCGACGGGCGUAUUCGUGACAUCAAGCGGGGUUUGAUCGACGCCGAAUUGGCCCACAAGUGUAUGGUGAUGCUGUACGCGGCCAAGUUCUCCGGUAGCUUGUACGGUCCCUUCCGUGAUGCUGCCUGUCUGGCUCCGUCUCAAGGUGACCGUCGGUGCUACCAGUUGCCUCCUGGGGCUACCGGUUUAGCGAGACGGGCCCUCCGUCGUGAUAUGGCUGAAGGUACUGAUGCCAUUAUUGUGAAGCCGUCGACUUUCUUUUUGGACAUUAUCUCCGAGGCUGCCCGCAUCUGUGAGGACUACCCCAUCUGUGCCUACCACGUCAGUGGCGAGUACGCGAUGUUGCACGCUGCCGCAGAGAAGGGCGUUGUCGACCUUAAGGCGAUUGCCUUUGAGUCGCACCAAGGGUUGUUGCGUGCCGGGGCCCGGCUCAUCAUCUCCUACUUCACUCCUGAGUUCCUCGAGUGGUUACCGAACUAA